AUGGAUUAUGAUGAUGAUGAUGACGAUGAUGAUGUUGAUGAUGAUGAUGAUGGUGAUGAUGAUGAUGAUGAUGAUGAUGAUGAUGAUGAUGAUGAUGAUGAUGAUGAUGAUGAUGAUGAUGAUGAUGAUGAUGAUGAUGAUGAUGAUGAUGAUGAUGAUGAUGAUGAUGAUGAUGAACAGUACGUUUGUCUUCUUGAUUAGAGUAAAUUCUUUCAGCUUCGAUUUGGACAAUCCGCUGUGCAAAUUUUUACACUGAAUGCACCGUUUAGAUUCUAAAUACUUUGCAUUAUCUUUCGGAAAAAUCUGAACGACACUGUUAAUCGCCGUUGAGUGCAUUCCAGGACAACCAUCUUAAGACUUUUCUAGAAGUGGGCACUCGGAAGACACCUUGCCCAACGUAAUCUGAUCAGCUGUUUGUCAGGAGGGGAAUGAGAAUUUGGUACGCAAAAAACAGCUAGACAGACACAUUUAUUCAUCAGGCGAUUGACGAGAAAUGCAUUAAAGCGCGACACAAGCCAUAUCUUCAAAAGGAAAGGAAAAUGACUAUUUUUGGCGCAAUCGUAAGCAGGGCCGGAAAAGGUUGGCCGGCCGAAUCCUCGGUAUGCUGGUCCUGUCCACUGUAUCUGUAAGCCUGACAGAAGCAGGUGUGAAUUUUGCCGAUAUGAAAACUUAAGUAUUAAUGAUAAUUAUAACAACAAUAAUUGUGUUAAGUAUAAGUUUGCAGAGAUUGUCGAAGAAAAGUCGGAGUACGAACCAAGGAAGCCGUGACGGAAUUCACCUAUACAAUUGGUUUGUUUUAAGUAAUCAGGUUGAUUCCAGAUAAACACAGCAGUCCGAGAAAUGAGGGAAAUACUGACUAAGGAUAUUUUACAUGUGCUAAGUGACAUUUUUCCGCGCAUUGUAUAUUCGGAAUGCUAUAAUCGACAGAGGCAAGGGUGACCCCUGCUGAGGUGGUUGGUUUUCCCGCGUUAGCUCCUAUAAAUAGCCCAUACUAUCCUUCUCUAUGGAAUUUCCCAGUGUAUCAAGGAAUUUGGACAGUUUUGCAUCCAAAUCAAAACCACCUUGUUUCCUCAAUAUCAACUUUUUGGUAACGAACGUUUCUACUUGCCUUGCCUUUGAAGCGUAAAAAUGUCCUCUGCCACAGCCGGCGACGCCAAAAAGAACCAAGGUUCGUAAGUCUACAACGUUUUCGGUAGUCACAUUUCACUCUUCAUGAUUUGAGGCCCUUUUGGUGGAAAGAUACUAGAAACACUCUAUUUUUAUCCGCUCACCAACGCGUAGGAGGUCCAAUAAAAGCGAACAGCAUUCCUGACCAGGCCUACCAUACAUGUCAGAGAGACGCGUUUUAAUGCCGCACUUUCUAAAUUUUAGCAGGAUAAGUCCGGUCGAUCUGUAUGUCUUGGAGGCACGUACACUGUCACUGCAUGACACAGCUAUUAGAGGGCAUAGAUGAUGAUGAUGAUGAACGGAGCAGCUAUCUUCUCGAUAAGGGUAAAAUCUUUCAUUUUAUACUGAAGGCACCUUUUAGAUUCUAAAUAUUUUGCAUUAUCUUUCGGAAAGAGCGACUAUGGUAAGCGUCGCUGAGUGCAUUCCAGGACAACCUAUUAACAGACGUUUCUCUAAGUGACCACUCGAAAGGCAUUUUCUCCCACCUAUUCUGGUCAUAGGUUGGUCAGGAGGGCGAUGAGAGUUGGCACGCAAAAACCAGCUAUUUUUGGCGCAAUCGUAAGCCGGCAUUAGGCAAUCGACGAGGAAUGCAUUAAAGCGCGACACAAGCCAAAUCUUCAAAAGGGAAGGAAAAUGACUAUUUUUGGUGCAAUCGUAAACAGGGCUGGAAAAGGCUGGCCAGCCGAAUCCUGGGUAUGUUGGUCCUGUCCACUGUAUCUACAAGCCUGACUGAAGCAGGUGGGCAUUUCGACGACAGGGAAACUUUUGUAAUAAUGACAAUAAUAACAGCAAUAAUUAUGUUAAGUAUAAGUUCGCAGAGAUUAUCGAAGAAAAUUCGGAGUACGAAUCAAGCAAGCCGUGAAGAAAUGCACCUAUAUAAUUGGUUUGUUUUAAGUAAUCAGGUUAAUUCAAGAUAAACACAGCAGUCCGAGAAAUGAGGGAAAUACUGACUAAGGAUACUUGACAUGUGCUAAGUGACAUUUUGCAGUCUCUAAUAGUUUUCAUGUAACUGGGACCUUGCGCUGUACGAGAGAACACGGAUAAACCGUUGCUCACCGACAUAUGAAGAAUUUACUCGCUGGGUUGAAAGCUGCAGAUUAAGCGUCAUGCAAAUAGAGAGAUAAAUAACCAGGCAUCCCGUCAUUAUGGGAGGUGAUUUCGGUGUAUUUGUUAUGCAGCAUUUUGGAAGUUGUUCUGAAUGAGCAAAGCGAGUACAAAGUCGUUUAAACAAGGAAUAAUUUUAUGAACUGUCUAUGCUCAUGUGGGGCCUUUUGCGAGAUAGUAGUUGCGCUCUCGGGAAAAAAACUGACGGUGUUUAACUGUGGUAGAUGGGCGCUCACCAAUCGUUCUUACGGAACACACUCGUUCCGUUGUGCCUUACAAGCACUCUUUCGAGCCCAACCAGCAGCCGCAUAGCAGCGAUUCAGAUAGGCAGAAUAUUAUUACCGACAAAUGCAAGAUAGUCUCACUUGUCCUUUUCGGUAAUCAUAUUCUGCCGGUAUUCAGUUGUACAUACUAGAAAAAGGAAUAAAGUGAUCUCGUGGUGGUUUUUGCGUCGAGGAUGGUAAAAUACCUCAAGGAAUUUGGCGAAUUCAAAAUGCGAUAUUUUUUAACCUGUCUGAUGAGGGAGUGCCUUUCGGCAUCGGCGUAACCACGAACGAUCAAGGUUCGUGAGUCCACAACAGUCUUGGGAGUCGAACUUUAGUGUUACGUACCGUAUAUUUCAUAGAGACGCAGUAUACAGUGCGUGACCUAUCUCAUGACAUGUUGGCUGAAAUUCUGAAAUGCGUUUUCGAUUAGGAAGGAUUACUUGGUCGCGGUUGUGAUACUGAUUAUCUUAAGGCAUACUCUUAUAACAUUUUAAACUCUGCAGGAUGUUAGCUUUUAAAUGCUCUUCUUUUCAAUCUCCUGUAGAAAGAGUGCUCGGUAAAAAAUGACUACUUAUGUAGCAUGCAUUUUUCCCAUUGAUUUUCGAUGGUCUUUGAAAUUCAAAUAUAUUUUAUAGAAACCACAAAAAAUAUGUUUUUUUCUAAUCAAUCAAUAGAGAAUCACGUCUUUUUUAUAUUUUAUACUUAAGGAAUGAGUAUAAUUAGGUUUUAAAAAAGGUUUUCUAAUUUCAGAAUAAUUUGGAGCCUGAUCAUUCGUUGCAUUAGCGCUUACUGAUUACACUCUACAAGGUGCAUGCGUCCGGCGUAAAGAAAAUUCCAUAUUUUUAUAUGUCAUUAAAGAGAUAUCAUACAGAGUCCAUAAAUAUUUGCAAGGGAUGCGGACCAUGUUGUACAUUUCAUGAGGAGCAGUGGUAAACGGCCAGGUACGAUGCUAUGUGAAUGGACAUAUCGCGGUCUUAAAAAGUCUCAUAAUUAGAAACUUCUUUAAAAUCUAAUUAUACUCCUUUCUUCAGUAUAAAAUAUAAAGAAGACGUGAUUUUCUAUUGAUUGACUAAAAGAAAGCAUAUUUUUGUUUGUGGAUUUCAUAAAAUAUAGUUAAAUUUCCAAGACGAUCGAAAAUCAAGGGAAAAAUACAUGCUACAUAAGUAGUCAUUUUUUACCGAGCACGCUUUCUACAGGAGAUUGCAAAGAAGUACGUUUAAAAGCUAACAUCCUGCCGAGUCCAAAAUGUUAUAAGAGUAUGCCUUAAGAUAAUCGUUAUCACAACCGCGACCAAGUAAUCCUUCCUAGUCGAAAACGCAUUUCAGAAUUUCAGCCAACAUUUCGUGAAAUAGGUCAAGCAAUGUAAUAUCGCUAGUUUAAAAAUUCGGUAGUAUAAAUUUUGCCCUCGUGUGUGUUUUGGAGACAAUCAGGGUGCAAUGAUCUGGAAGAUUUACACAUCAAAAGCACUACGUAACCAGGUUCUUAAUAGUUCUUGUCAUUGCCAAUAGAAGCGAAUAGACGAGUCCCAGGAAGCAGUCUUGAAGAAGAAGGCACGAUCGCCGGGGCAAGAGCUUUAUUAGCCUGACGUUUCGGAUUCCUGCUCGAAUGCAUCAUCAGAGACAAAAGCAGAUGAGGGUGGUUCAUGCACAAGGGACUGCAGUAUUUAUUGAAUGCAGUCGCCAUGCUACCGCAUACCUAUGAAUAUUCACGGCUCCCCCCCCCUCAUCAGGGAUCGCUGCAGGUGGCGUGAUGACCGACAUUCGCGUCGUUAAUUGCUGCAAUUUCAUCAGGUGUGUUGGAUGUUGGUGUGAUGAUUGCUCGACCAUCUGACGCGCCGACACGGGUGUUGGGAAGAGUGUUCCCCUGUGCGCUCCCCGCGUGGCCGAUUACUCUGCCUAGACGAAGUCUCAGCACGGUGUAUUGAAUGGCAAGAUCAUUGCACUUGUUAAUAGACUGGGGGCCAGUUAACAAUGACUCAAGCAGCUCUCGGCUUACACGGUUGUCACCCCUUGCGAGAAUUUCGGCAUCGUAAAAUUUGAAUGUGUGGCCGGAACCCGUCGAAUGAGCCGCAUCUUGAGAGCUAGCGUCAUUUCUCCGCACCGCUGCAGCGUGUUCGGCCAUUAGCUUUAGGAGUUGUCUUCCGGUUUCUCCGACGUAGUUGCUUUGUCCGCAACUGCACCAGAUCCGAUAAACGACUCCAGACGUUUCUUGCCGUGGCAGUGGGUCCUUCGGUUUCAUUAACUGACGUCUGAUGAUUGCCUCCCGAGUGUGUGCAACUCCAACCCCAAAUGGUGCGAGAAGGCAUGUGCUAAGUGACAUUUUGCAGUCUCCAAUAGUUUUCAUGGAACAGGGACCUUGCGCCAUACGAAAGAACACGGAUAAGCGGUUGCUCCACUUGAUGUAUGUAUAUACGUAUAUAUGGCGAAUGGUAUUACUGACAAAGUCAAGGGAGUCCUGAAUGGCCAUAUCUGGCUUAUUAGCCGUCGCCAGUCAUACUCAACCCCAAAUUGUGGAACUUCCGAUGCUCGAACUCGCGACCUGUGAGAUAGAAGUCCACGCCUCUAACCACUGCGCCACGGGCCCGUUGCUCUCUCGGUUUCACUCGAGAAUAUACAAUGGUAGGUGGCGCUCGCCGAUCGUUUAUACGGAACUAGCUCGUUCCUUUGUGCCUUACGGACUCUCUUUCUCUCUUAGGCCUAAACAGCAGUCGUACAGCGGCGCAUGAUCUAAAGGCAGAAUGCUAUUACCGACAAAGAAAAGGGAGACUGAAAUGGCCAUUUCUGGCUUGCAAGGGGAACAUAUUAAGUACAACUAAGGCACUAGGGACCUCAUUUUCCGAGACUUCUCCGGGAACCGUGACUUAAAUCACGUCUGGAUCAAGUUACCUGCCUCCUACUACAACGUCUGAAAUCCACCAAAUCUGAUACAAUAGAAUGACUGCACAAGCAGAAUUUUCCACUUACUCCUUGUAGAAUUCACGAAGCACCUAACAGGAUAACGUCAUUAAUAGGUUACCGAGCUUUUUUCCAGAUGACUUGAAAUUCGCGUUUCAAAUUAACCAAAACACUAAUUUAAUUCGUCAACUUCCCUGUGCUCACACUUGUAUGACGUUGGAGUAUGUGCACUGUACUGCUCCUCUCCACAAUUGCGGAUCUGUCACUCCAACCAAGGGGACUAUGUAGGAGUUAAUGUGUGGGGCGGAUAUGUGGGUAAUUCAAUGCAGCUUUGGAUAAACGGCGUCUAGAUAUUUAUUCUUCUGCAAGAUGGAGAACCAACCAAAUUGCGGUACAAUAUCGUGGGACAACUGUCUUGUCUGCUGCAAGGUGUCAAUCGUCGCCUCGUUAGCCUGCGCGUACCUCUCCGGGGGACCAAAUUCGUCGCCCGCCCCCUAAUGACCAGGUCAGAUGAGGCGAAAAAUGAUUUCUGUUAAGACCAGCGCGCUGUCCUGGCGACUGUACCGAAGGCGAACAAGCUGUUCGUCCAUCCUGACUGCAAUGUGCGAGUCGGGACACACUGCGCUACCUGGGGCAGGUUUCGAUGCUUACGGAUUCGGCAGCUGCAACAAUAAUGGACUCCUUCUCCAGCGAACCUGCGCGGAACACCGCCGACACCCUCUUCCGCCUCGCGGGGCUAAAGAGGGCCACCUGGAUACACGCAUCAAACGCGCAGCCGGCCGUUGCUGAAAUCCGUAUUCGUCCAGAGUCUAGAUCGACAGAACCAAGGUGGUCUGUGACGCCCAUUACUGUAGGGAUUUCGGCCUUGCCAUCUCCGUGAUGAGGUUCCACCUGCAACCCUGCAGUAAACGUAAGGCAAGUUAAAUACCGUUUUUUUUGAAUUUGCAUACUGGCCGUUUAAGGUUUAGCGAUCAUUUAAUCCAGCACCUGGGAGAAUUGUCAGUUCCAUAUAUAAACGCUCUCGUGGAGACUCGAUGGUGCCAACUGAGAAAUGCUGUUCGCUCGACUCGGACGCCCACGUCGUCAGCACCAGGACUGGUUCGACGAUAAUGAAACACACAUCACUCGCUAAAUAGCAUCGACUGAACCGACGCCAGCAAAGCGUCCUCCUUCGUGCAGCGUCAACCGUGGGAAACUUAGGACGCCUGGAGGACUCACAAAGUCAAGAAAGCCGAGCGGUAUGCCAACCGAAAUGAAACCAAGCACUUUUUCGCAUCACUCAAGGCGGUUUACGGUCCCCCAACCAAAGGAACCGCGUCGCUUCUCACCUCCGAUGGAACGACGCUGCUGACAGAGAAAGCAGGGAUCCUGAUGCGCUGAACUUAGCACAUCAGAAGUGUCCUCAAUCCCCUUCUAUACGUACUCCGACGCCAACCUCGAGUGGCUCUCUUAAGUCAAAACGAACGAGGAGCUAGAUCUGUUUCCUUAUCUACCAGAAACAAUUCGAGCCAUGUACCAACACUUCAGCAGGAUGAGAUGGGAUUCCUGUCGAAAUCUGCAAGAAUUUCGGUUCCCGGCUGAUAGGUCAUCUUAAAACGCCAUUCCAGGAGAUGUGACGUCAAGGACAAGCUCCUCAGGACAUUAAGGAUGCGAGGGCCGUUCAUUUCUUUAAGCGGAAAGGAGAUCGGAAACUGCGAUAGUCACGGAGGAAUCCUAAUGGUCAAUACCACCGGUAAGAUCUUCACCCGCAUGCUACCCAACCAUCUUAAUCAAGGACUUCUGCCGGAAAUUCAGUUUAGAUUUUGGAUGCGACCGGGAAAUUACCGACAUGAUCUUCGACGACCGCCCGCCAGCUGAAAGAGAAGCGUCAGAAAAUGUGAAUCCAACUCUAUACGGCUGUCUUGAACUAUUCUCCUUCACACACACACACAUACACAUGCAAUGCAGCUCCAGAAGGGGAUGGCGCCGCGCGUCACGGAGGACGGAACCAAUUAAGAAGCAUUUGCAAUAAUCAACAGUGUAAAGCCGGGCUGUGUACUCGUCCCAACCAUCUUCAACCGCACGUCUUUUACCGUGCUGGUGGGCGCCUAUCUAGAUGAGCGCCACGGAAUGCGCAUCGAAGGUCAUUUUCUCAUCAGCCGGCCAUGCCGACAUCAACGCGUGUCUAUACUACUACUACUACUACUACUACUACUACUACUACUACUACUACUACUACUACUACUACUACUACUACUACUACUACUACUACUACUAUACACGGCCUGUUCUUUGCUUACGACUGCGCACUCAACACGGAUAG